AUGUCUACAGGACAAACUAUACAUGAGAGAUCCUCAUCCUCAGCAUCGAAACGCUCACACUCCUCCCGACCAUCGAAGACCCGUGCAGCAAUACAGCCACCUCAGCCAGCCUUGACACCAGAGAAUGGCGACCAAGGCUUCGAGCCUUGCGCAGCAACGGCGAGUUUCCUACUCUAUGCUCAGCGGAGUCGAAUACUGGUGGUACACCACGACACACUUGCGAUCGAGCGACGAUUUGAUCUGCAUCGCGAGGAUAUUGUGUGGAUACAAGUCGACAAUGCUAGCGAGCGAGGAUGUGGUCGGCUUGCGGUCAGCUACGAUGCAGGUAGCACUGCAAUAGUAUGGGACAUAUUUACUGGAGGAGAGAUCGCUCGCUUCUCAGCUUACGAGCAUAUGCGCGUCGCAAGCUUCCUUCGUAAUGGUAACAUUGCAUUUGGCAACGAUCAGGGUAACAUCAUCCUCUUCGAGCCGUCUACAUCGGAGCAUAUCGCCGCACGGACCAUUUUCGAUCCUGUCACUGCACUCGCGCCAUCUUUCGACUGUCGAACCUUCGCUAUAGGCUACCUCAACGGCUCAAUCCUAGUUGCAACUCUACAACCGUCCUUUACAAUCUUGCAUACUUUGACUACCAACAGAGCGCCGUCGCGCAUCACUGGCCUCUCCUGGCAUGGCUCGUCGUCAAAGCAGAAGACUGAUAUGCUUGCCACCCAGACUUCAGAUGGUGACUUACGAGUAUGGAGCGUGCCGAAAGUACCACACCAAGACCUUGUUCCAACAAUCAUUCGCGUCCUGCAGAGGGCUGAGUUGCAAGCUCCGGGACCUUGUUGGUUUGCGUGGUCAAAGAAUGGGCGCAUCGUCCAAUACGCAGAAGGGGAAACUCGAGCUUGGGACGUGCGGACCAAGCGUGUGACGUUUGAAGUUAUACCAACUGCAGAUGGAAUUGUAGCAAUGGCCAAUUUUGGUGCAACGGCUACUCUUUUUACCCUUGGACGAAAUCACACAGUACAGCAGUACGACGUUACGCCUGGGAAGGAGCCUAUGCAAGUAUGCAGUGUUGCCCACCCACCGUCAAACACUCCGCCUACACCACCCACAGAUUUCGAAAGCCACAGUCGCAGGAAGAACUCUAUCACGAGGUCGUCGAGCAGACUACCGACCACAGAGUCUUUAGGCGGCACUGAAAGCAGUGCAGACGAGGGUGGAGCAUUGUCGCCGCUACAGAAGAUUGCGAAAGAGAUGGACACUCUGGACGCUUUGGAGUCUGAGCUCAGAGACAAAAUUACGCCUCUGAGCCCAUCGAGCAAGGCUUCUUCUGUCAGUUCGAAAUCGUCUCGUGAGAGUCGGAGAGCACGAAGAUACCUCUAUGAUCUUCCAGACUCAUCCCGAGCUUCCACCACGACUGGAUACAACGGCACCGAGUUUUCUCAAGGCGAAAUACUCAAGCGCUCCGGCCAUGAGAGCAUGUCUAUACGCUCCGUCUCUUCACUCGCAUCUCGACCUCAACAUGUGCGAACGUCUAGUCUGCGGAGGGAAGUCAUGCGCAGCCCGGAUGAAUUGACGCAGUAUGCCGCCAUGGAUCUGUUCCCAUUCACGAAGGCACGUCUACGGGAAGUCGACUUCCGGACUCCCCACUAUGGCGAUGGCUUGCGUACCGCCGACUUACUACAGCGUGAGAUGCUGAGUACCGUCUUUGGCUGGCACGAGGACAUUCGCAGCCUGAUUGAAGAUGAGUUGUCGCGGCAUAGGUCUGGAUCAGCCAGUGCCGUAUUACUCGCAAAAUGGCUCGGUGAUGUGGGCGCUGACAGUAUGGCCUCCAUGGUUGGAUCUGAGUCUAUGACAUCCUCCGACUGGAUGCUUCUCGCCCUGAGCUCGAUUGGCAAAGACUCCCAGAAGAAAGUCGGUGAAGCUUUUGUACAGCGACUACUCGAGAAAGGUGACAUACAUCCGGCUGUUGCCAUUCUACUAGGACUGGGCGAGUAUGAUGAUGCUAUCGAAGUUUACGUUUCGAUGGGCUAUUGGAUGGAGGCUCUGCUACUCUCCUGCCUCCAAAACCCAUCUGACUGGGGCCGACAAGCUUUCCUGGUCCGCAAAUGGGGGGAGAUUGCUGUUCAGCAAGGUCAGGCAGAACUCGCAGUCCGCUGCUUCUCGUGUGCAGCCGCUGAGACUUCUGUGCCAUGGGUCUCCCCUCGUGCUCAACAAGAAGCAGCAUUUGCAGCGCAAGAGCAGAAGACGAAAGAUCCUGGAAGCAUUGGCUACUUCACUAGCCCACCAAAUUCACCUCCAUCACGAUCAGCAUCUGGACGUCUUACUGCCAAGAAUGCAUCGCUCAAGCUUAUAACCUCUUUCGGCGAGAAGAUCACUACCCAAGCACCGAACAAUAACAUUGGAACCACGCCCAUUGCAGAAUCUGCCCUAAGUCCGGGGGGAGGUUGGCGUCAGGCAAGACCGAAGGGCAGCCGUGAUCCGUCCUCGGCACGAACGGCCACACCUGGCGGAUUCGUUAAGCGCAGACGUCUCCCAUCGCGCGAUCAAAUAGAACGCGCUCAGAAAGAGGCUGCAGAGUUGGUGACACCGAUGACGGCGUCGCGUGAGUUCACAGCCCCGCCACCACCGACGAUGAGGCCAGACAGCCGUACGUCCAACACCAGUCUGCCGGAGCCUGCCACUGCGCUUCGAUCACGUGCUUAUGAUGUCGAGAGACUGGCUCCCAUUGCGUACGAUGAGUCCCGACUGCUAUCUCCGAUUGUCGAUCCGCAUACACAUCGCCGAGUGCGGUCCAAUACUGGCAACGACAAACGCACAGGCCUGGCCGUUGAUGUCGUACAAACACGAUAUCUUGAGGCUCGCUCACCUGCUAUAGAAUUGACCAAGGCCAAAUUGGAUGCUAUGUAUAGUCCGAGUACCGACAAGGCGCACGGCGAGGCGUUGAGCCCGUCUCUCACCGACAAGAGCAACAAGACGAGAGCCAUCGACAACUACAUCAACAGUGUCGACGAGGCGCGCAGCUCAGCUAGACGUGAGCGGUCCAGAGCGCCAAGCCGUAAACGUGGAGAUAGUCGGCGAAGGGAGGAUAGUCGUCCAGCACGUACGACCAGCAGAUCAAGGGAUACCUCUGCACCACGACCGCGGGACAACAUGCAUUAUAUCAAGGCACCAAAGCGAUCACCAGCAUCGCCAGUUCCAAUGUCGCCAGAUGAGGUGGCCCGCGCCGGGCAAAAGCCAGCAGCAGUCGAACCAGCAACGACUGAUGACGAAGAGUUCUACAAAGUGGCCUCGCCCAUUGUGUCCCCUAUCUCUCCGGCGGAGAGACACCGCGGAGUCACCAUUACAAGACCAGAGUCUAGACAAGCUCGUACUCUGAGACGCGAAACCAGUCGUCAACGAAUACCACUUCCUGCAGAUAGGGAGCGCGGUCGGAAUGCAGCGAAGGGCCCAGGCGCAUUGGAAAGGUCACCAUCCAUGCCUUUACCGAUUUCGCCAGAGAAGAAGGCUGCUGCCGAGAACGACGACACCGAGAGCGACGGUAGACGUUUCCGUAUCCGAGCGGUAAGCUCCAAUAGAGGACUUGACAACCUCCAGUCCCGAAGAGCUGCAAGCCGAGAGGAUCGCGAUAGAUCAAGCAGUCGUCGUCAAGACGGUACCGGCCAGCGGGUGGGUGUCCCUGGCACGGAUCUAUCGCACGACAUCAUUACGGAGGACCAGAGCUCGGUGUCAUCUAUGUCAAAUGCGUCGAGCGGGAGGAAGAGGUUCGGUGGUCUUAGCAGGAGAGAACUGGCUGCUAAGGAGCUCGAGGACCGCCGUCUCUCGCUGGCUCGCCGGCCAUCAGCCCCCCAGAUACCGAUGCCGCUGGACUUCCAGCCACCAGUGAUCCGGCCAAGCAUGGCGCCUCGGUCAAAUACGGAGCUAGGUGACAGUCCGCGUUCUGCACACCCUCCAUUGUCUCGGAGCCACACGGUGGAACCAGAACCCACGAACAAGUCACCGAUCACGAUCAAGCCGAUGCUUCCACCAAUGGGUCUGCCCGCGACUCCACGAGCCAUGCGCAAUCCACGCCCAAUGGGCAGCACGGAGUCCAGCGAGCAAGGAGCCGCGCCACCGGUGCCCGACAUGCCAUUUGCCUACAGCGAGAUAUCCUCUGGUGGAAGUAUCACUGGCUCAGCGCUGAGUCAGAUCACUGGAUCAAACCUCAGUCAGACCUCGUCUAUUCCAAACCAGGCUUCCUAUCUAACGCAGCCAAGUCAAGUCUCUGGGAUUUCGAAUCCACCCAGAUCGCCAGUCGAAGGUGACGGGCUUGCCGCGUUGCUACCAUCCACAGUUUUUGGUCAAAAAGGACAAGGUCUUCCUCGUUCAGCUUCGGCCCCCAUCGACAACAAUGUGACUGGCGUACAUCCUGCUUACAAAUCCACUCUGCCAAGCACCCGUCGUUUGUCUGCUAUGCGGGGCAAUGUACGCAAGAUCUCACCGCCAGACAACCAUGUGCCGCCAAUCACACCAGUGAGCAUCGACGAGACGAUUGCAAACAACGAGCAGCAGAUCCUGGUGCUCAACGACGAGCCAACGCAUGACGACAACGAGCCUCCGAUAUUGCCAGAGCUUCAGCAUCUUGCCGGACCACCACCUCCGCCACCACCGCCGAUGAUGUUUCACAAUGCUAGUACAGUAAGCUCGGACAUUAUUAGCAUUGCUAUCGGCGGUAGCUCGGCUUCAGAACUGUCCUCUACAUUGCCUUCGACGCACUACCCUACUUCCACUCCUCCUCACUACCCACAGCCUAUGGAGAGGUCGACGACAAGCUCGCCAACCAGUCACCGACAAGGCAGAGGCAGCGUCAGCGAGACUUUCGGCUCUCGGUUCAGAGGCUAUACCGACCGCAUGCGUAGCCAGUCCCGCUCACGCGCAAAGUCACCUCCGACGGGCUCCGGUACGCCUCAGCCACAUGCGCCAUAUGAGAGCAUUCCGCCUCCUAUGCCAGCUGGUCACCACUCUCGGAGCGGAAGCGUAGCCAGAGCAAAGUCACCCUACGAACUAGCAAUGACGGCUGGAGGGCAGGAUCAACAGCUGCCACCACCACCACCGCCUCCAAUGCCAGACAUGGAAAGCAAGCUCAGCGAGACCUCGAUUCCUCCAAGCACGCUGCCGUCGAGCCGUUCGGGCAGCACGAACGGCUACCGUAAUCCCAAAGACAUUCGCGCCAACAUGCCGCCGGAGACUUUGCAGCAGGGUGUUCAGAACGGAGGGUUCUUGUGA